AUGAGUGACCCUACCAAUCCCCAUAUCAAAGAGCGCACCACACCCCAAUGGGGUCUCUAUCAGCGCGAGAACUUCUGGAAGCAGAAUGAAGGGAAGGCCCCUCUAUUCAACACAGACCCUCGCAAAAUGGAAGAAAGGGCCAAAGAGAAGCUCAGUGAAGGCGGCUGGUAUUACGCCUCCUCCAACGCCGGAAUGUCUAACACCCACCUGGCAAACCGACAAGCUUUCUACCGACACCGUCUGAUCCCUAACCAGCUCAUCGACACCAACAACCGGGACACGACAACAACUAUUUUCGGCCACAAAGUGUCAGCCCCAAUCGGCUUUGCCCCAAUCGGCAUAAACAAGAUCUACCAUCAAUCAGGCGAAGCAGCUGUCUCCAAAGUCGCAGGCGAGCUCAAUCUCCCUUACUGCCUCUCCACAGCCGGUAGCACCUCAAUUGAAAAGGUCGCAGAAGCCAAUGGGUCCGGACCCCGAUUCUUCCAGCUGUACAUGCCCCACGAUGACGAGCUAACAGUCUCACUUCUCACGCGGGCCUGGGAAAGCGGGUUCGACGCCUUGAUCCUUACUACGGAUACAUGGCAGCUUGGCUGGCGACAUGACGACGUCGCCUCGUCGAAUUAUGCAUUCUAUCGAGGCUUUGGUGCUGAUCUCGGUCUCACGGAUCCUGUUUUCCGGAAACGGUGCAAAGAGGAUGGAAUUGAUCCGGAUGUCGACGUGGUUGCCGCGAGUGCAAAGUGGAUUGAUUCUGUCUGGCAUGGGCGGGCGUGGUCGUGGGAGAAGAUUCCUUGGUUAAUUGAGACUUGGAAGAAGAUUAGUGGGGGGAGACCUUUUGCGAUUAAGGGUAUUCAGUCUGUGAAGGAUGCGAGGAAGUGUGUGGAGAUGGGGGUCGAUGGUAUCGUUGUGAGUAAUCAUGCUGGCAGACAGGUUGAUGGGGCUGUUGCUAGUCUUGAUGCGUUGGAGAGGAUUGCGCAGGAUGUGGGUGACAAGAUUUAUGUGAUGUUUGAUUCCGGGGUUCGUGGGGCAAGUGAUGUUGUGAAGGCGCUUGCCCUUGGUGCGAAGUUUGUGUUUAUUGGCAGACUUUGGAUUUGGGGGUUGAGUAUCCAUGGUGAAGACGGGGUUCGCCAUGUGAUGAAGUCUUUGUUGGCGGAUCUGGAUAUCCUGAUGGGUGUUGCUGGUUUCAACGGGGUUGAGGACUUUGAUAAGACUAUUCUUGAGUCGGACCCCAAGAACUAUUCGCUCAUCCCCCAGAAGACCCUGUAA